AAUAACAAUAUUAUUAUGUAUUUCUAUUUUAAAUUUAAUUUGAAAAUAUAACUUAUCCUUUAUAUUUAUAUUUUCGUUUAAUAAUCAGUUGAAAAAUAUUUCUAUAUAUAUUAUUUUUUAUUUAACUUUAUUUAAACUUAUAUAAAAAAUAUAAAUUUCAUAUAUAUAUUAAAUUAU